CCAGAGUGCUUAUCCAUCAGAUCUCUGCUUCAUGUGUGGAGUUUGCUCACUUAACACAUCAUAAGUGGCUUUGUUCCAUAUGGCAGCAGUUCUGCAGAAGCCUCAUUUGGGUGGGGGGAGUUUUAUUAAAACAGUUUAUCAUGGAGAAUUCCAACUAUACAAAAGUAGAGCAAACAGUAAAAUGGACUCAUCUAUCCAUCACUUACCAACCCAUGACCAAUGUCUUCAGCUGUCAGAGAUUUAUCUUAUAGCUCCUUGCUUCCCCCUUCUCUCUCUACCUGUCUGAAUUGUGUGAAGCACAUCCUGGCCAUAAGAUCAGUUAACUUCUUAGUAUUUCAGUAUGUUUCUCUGAACUUUGUAAAUGCCACUAUUACACCUAAAGAAAUCGACAAUAUCAAAAAGCAACAGCAUACCUUAAGAAAAGUUUUAAAACAUACGAAGUGUAGAAGUCGUAAUUGCGCAGCUUAAUGAGUUUUCACAAACACACGUUAAGUACUCUUUUCAGUGCAGCUCUGACACCUUUAGAAAUUAUGAGUUGUCCCUGGCAGGGGUUUCCAUAUGCCCAGGAAACAGACUGAGGACAUGACUGGUGCCCAGCUGCACUAUUGCAGGAUCUCUGGAGCCCAGAGUGAAUCAAGAGGGUUUUAGAAACAAAGUUCCCAUUUUAACACGUAACUGUCAAGGACCUUGAGCAAAUCAUGAGUUCCAAGCUUCAGUUUUAAGUGAGGAUUAAAAGCUUUUUGCAGGUUGGAAGGAGCAUUUGAAUGACACACAAUACAAACGGAAUUAUUACACAUAUAAGCAUAUGCCAUAUAAAUAUAUUAUCGUUUUGUUACGAUUAGUCACAUUUAUUCAGUGCACUGGCACCAGAAUGAUUUCUUUACACACAUUUUGUCACGUAAUGUUGAAACGUGUGUCCAGCAUCUUGUUUGGUGCUGAGUUUUAAUUUUCUCAUUCCAACAUGGCUUUGCUAUGCUUGUUUGGGAGCCGAAGGCCAGAGAAGUUGAGAGACUUAGCUAGGUCCCCUACCCAGCACCUCGGUGGCGGAGUUGGCAUCCCAGCCGUGCCCUGAGCCGUAGACCCGACUCCCUCUGGCGGGUCUCCAGGGCACGGGCGCUCCUCCAGCCCGACCGUGCUUGGGCCUUGGUCCUCUCCGUAGUGCACAGCUCCGCCCCCCUCAAAUUCUAUAGGACUCCGCCUCUCUGCCGGCUUCUGUAGGCCAAUCACUGAGGCCUUAGAAUAACGAAGGCGGGGACAAGGCGGGGCUCUCACGAGAUUGCCAGCAGCUUCCAGCCACUGAUAUGAGGAGGCGUAGAGAUAGACAGCGGUUCCUUCCAAUAGACGUGAAGCCGAGGCCGGUAUGAGCCAAUGCGGUCGGGAGGCGGGGCUCGGGUGUGUGUCGAGGGGACCCUGUGGUUAGCAGCAGCUAUCGCAGCGUCGGAUGUUCAGAGCAGCAGAAGCCGGCGUCGUCGGAUGUUGUGUUGCCCGCCACCAUGAGCUACACAGGCUUUGUCCAGGGAUCUGAAACCACUUUGCAGUCGACAUACUCGGAUACCAGCGCUCAGCCCACCUGUGAUUAUGGGUAUGGAACUUGGAACUCUGGGACAAAUAGAGGCUACGAGGGCUAUGGCUAUGGCUAUGGCUAUGGCCAGGAUAACACCACCAACUAUGGGUAUGGUAUGGCCACUUCACACUCUUGGGAAAUGCCUAGCUCUGACACAAAUGCAAACACUAGUGCCUCGGGUAGCACCAGUGCCGAUUCCGUUUUAUCCAGAAUUAACCAGCGCUUAGAUAUGGUGCCGCAUUUGGAGACAGACAUGAUGCAAGGAGGCGUGUACGGCUCAGGUGGAGAAAGGUAUGACUCUUAUGAGUCCUGUGACUCGAGGGCCGUCCUGAGUGAGCGCGACCUGUACCGGUCAGGCUAUGACUACAGCGAGCUUGACCCUGAGAUGGAAAUGGCCUAUGAGGGCCAAUACGAUGCCUACCGCGACCAGUUCCGCAUGCGUGGCAACGACACCUUCGGUCCCAGGGCACAGGGCUGGGCCCGGGAUGCCCGGAGCGGCCGGCCAAUGGCCUCAGGCUAUGGGCGCAUGUGGGAAGACCCCAUGGGGGCCCGGGGCCAGUGCAUGUCUGGUGCCUCUCGGCUGCCCUCCCUCUUCUCCCAGAACAUCAUCCCCGAGUACGGCAUGUUCCAGGGCAUGCGAGGUGGGGGCGCCUUCCCAGGCGGCUCCCGCUUUGGUUUCGGGUUUGGCAAUGGCAUGAAGCAGAUGAGGCGGACCUGGAAGACCUGGACCACAGCCGACUUCCGGACCAAGAAGAAGAAGAGAAAGCAGGGCGGCAGUCCUGACGAGCCAGAUAGCAAAGCCACCCGCACGGACUGCUCGGACAAUAGCGACUCAGACAAUGAUGAGGGCACCGAGGGGGAAGCCACAGAGGGCCUUGAAGGCACCGAGGCUGUGGAGAAGGGCUCCAGAGUGGAUGGAGAGGACGAGGAGGGAAGAGAGGAUGGGAGAGAAGAAGGCAAAGAGGAUCCAGAGAAGGGGGCCCUAACCACCCAGGAUGAGAAUGGCCAGACCAAGCGCAAGUUGCAGGCAGGCAAGAAGAGUCAGGACAAGCAGAAAAAGCGGCAGCGAGACCGCAUGGUGGAAAGGAUCCAGUUUGUGUGUUCUCUAUGCAAAUACCGGACCUUCUAUGAGGACGAGAUGGCCAGCCAUCUUGACAGCAAGUUCCACAAGGAACACUUUAAGUACGUAGGCACCAAGCUCCCUAAGCAGACGGCUGACUUUCUGCAGGAGUACGUCACCAACAAGACCAAGAAGACAGAGGAGCUCCGAAAAACUGUAGAGGACCUUGAUGGCCUCAUCCAGCAAAUCUACAGAGACCAGGAUCUGACCCAGGAAAUUGCCAUGGAGCAUUUUGUGAAGAAGGUGGAGGCAGCCCAUUGUGCAGCCUGCGACCUCUUCAUUCCCAUGCAGUUUGGGAUCAUCCAGAAGCACCUGAAGACCAUGGAUCACAACCGGAACCGCAGGCUCAUGAUGGAGCAGUCCAAGAAGUCCUCGCUCAUGGUGGCCCGCAGUAUUCUCAACAACAAGCUCAUCAGCAAGAAGCUGGAGCGCUACCUGAAGGGCGAGAACCCUUUCACCGACAGCCCCGAGGAGGAGAAGGAGCAGGAAGAGGCUGAGGGCGGUGCCCUGGACGAGGGGGCGCAGGGCGAAGCGGCAGGGGUCUCGGAGGGCGCAGAGGGCGCGCCGGCGCAGCCUCCCGUGCCCCCAGAGCCAGCCCCCGGGGCCGUGUCGCCGCCACCGCCGCCGCCCCCAGAGGAGGAGGAGGAGGGCGCCGUGCCCUUGCUGGGAGGGGCGCUGCAACGCCAGAUCCGCGGCAUCCCGGGCCUCGACGUGGAGGACGACGAGGAGGGCGGCGGGGGCAUUCCGUGACCCGAGCUCGGGGUGGGCGGGGCCCGCGUGGCCGAAGCUGGAAGCCAAACCUAAUAAAGUUUUCCCAUCCCAC